ACCGUUUUGAGCAUGAACCUCUUGGACGAUGUACGGUUCGCAUAGGUAUAUCUUAUAUAAUAUAUUGAAAUCUGAUGUGAUGAUUAGAAAACCAUAUCACCGUUCAAAGUAUCCAAAUAAUGUAGUAGCUAGGAUAUUGGCAAAUAUUCAUCCACACUCUACAGGCGAGUAUCAAAUGGAAAGUGGUAAUCCAGUGAUAGUGGAGGAAAAAGGAGAAAAGGAAGAGCCACUCUUGAGCAGUACAAGUUCCCACUCAAAAGGUGGUGUUAGAACUGUGCCUUUUGUCAUAGCUAAUGAGGCAUUUGAGAGGGUGGCAAGCCAAGGGCUUCAACCGAACAUGAUCAUCUAUUUGACAAAAGAAUAUGCUUUACCGGCCGCCGGAGCUGCCAACGUGAUCUUUCUCUGGUCGGCAGCUACCGAUUUCUUUCCGAUUGUGGGGGCUUUUGCUGCCGAUUCUUAUGUUGGUCGCUAUCCCGUCAUUGGCUUUGGCUCUCUCGUUAGUCUUCUGGGCAUGGUUUUAUUAUGGUUAACAACCAUUAUUCCACAAGCAAAGCCUGCUUCUUGCACCCAAUUAAUUAGAUGUAGCAGAAAAUCCGCAACAACACCCCAACUUUUAUACUUAUACUCAUGUUUAGGGCUUAUGUCUAUUGGAGCUGGAGGCAUAAGGUCGUCCUCCAUGGCUUUCGGUGCAGAUCAAUUGGACAGAAAACAUAACCCCAAAAAUGCAGGUGUUUUACGGGCCUUCUUUAGCUGGUACUACGUUUCAUGUACAGUUUCAGUACUUAUUGCACUAUCAUGUGUUGUCUACAUCCAAGACAACUUGGGUUGGAAGAUCGGUUAUGGGGUUCCUGUUGUGCUCAUGUUGUUCUCUGCCAUUUCUUUUUUCCUGGCUUCUCCUUUCUAUGUUAAAGUGAAAGCUAACAAGAGUUUGCUCACCGGGUUUGCACAAGUUAUUGUAGCUUCUUACAAAAAUAGAGAUAUCCAAUUAUUAUCACUGGACGCAAAGGAAAUGUACUAUCACACGAAGUGGUCGAUUACCAAGCCUAGUGAAAAUUUGAGGUUUUUAAACAAAGCAUGCGUUAUAAGAAAUCCCCAGGAAGACCUUACCCGAGAUGGAAAAGCUUCAGAUCCAUGGAGUCUUUGUACAGUAAACCAAGUAGAAGAGCUCAAGUCACUAAUCAAGGUAAUUCCAAUAUGGUUUACAGGAAUCUUGAUGACGCUGAUGAUCAAUCAAAGCUCUUUCCCAGUAAUCCAAGCAACUUCCAUGGAUAGGCACAUUACUUCAAAUUUCGAAAUUCCAGCAGGAUCUUUCACCAUGUUUUCAAUGGUUGCAAUGAUAUCAUGGAUCGCCGUAUACGAUCAUAUAAUCAUCCCUCUCUUAUCUAGAAUCAAAGGGAAAUCGAUCCGUCUGAGUUUGAAAGAAAGAAUGGGGAUUGGAAUCUUUUUCUCUUGCAUUUCAAUGUCAACAGCAGCAAUAGUGGAGAGUUUUAGGAGAGAAAUUGCAGUGAAACAAGGAUUUUCAGACAACCCACAAGCUGUGGUGAACAUGUCUGCUGUGUUGUGGUUAUUGCCUCAAUAUGUAUUUGGGGGCAUAGCAGAGGGUUUUAACAUAGUUGGGCAGAUUGAGUUUUUUUACUCGGAAUUGCCUAAGAGCAUGUCUAGUAUAGCAUCAUGUCUUUUCAUGCUGGGAAUGUCUGUUGGGGAUUUGUUGGCAAGCUUUGUUAUGAGCACCGUGGAUGAUAUUACUAAAAGAGGAGGCCAAGAGAGUUGGGUUUCUAGCAAUAUCAACAAGGGACAUUAUGAUUACUAUUGUUGGCUUCUUGCUGGUUUGAGUUUUCUUAAUUUCAUUUAUUUUGUUGGUUGUAGUAAGGCUUAUGGUCCUUGUAAAAGAGAAGUUGGUUUGGAUUUAGGUGGAUAUGGGGUUAAUGAUGAGGAAGUUGCUUAUUAAUAAUUAAGUAUUGCUUUGUUUUUUUAACUUUGUAUUGUAUAUGAACACGUGAAUAAGUUUAAAUUAAUUGUAUGGUUGAUUUAUUUUGUUUUGAGUUGUA